AUGCCAUACCCGGAUAUGGAUAUACCCGAUACACAUACACCCCAAUUGGAGUGGCAAGAACAAUUUGCAAAAUUUUAUAUUGAAAAAAAUGAUGAUUGGACACACAUGUCGAAAGUACUACGUGUGUUUGUGGCCGCUGUUGAUGCCGAAUUGGACGAUUUGACUGCGGCUAAAUUGGUGCCUGCAAAACAACUUUUGCCCCCACCACCCGCACCAACCCCUGCUAAAGAUAAAGAAGUGGAGAAAGAUAAGAAAAAACCGUCGGAAAAGAAGAGAAAAGUAGAGUUGGAUAGUGAUGAUGAGGUAAAAACAACUGGAGUAUCAAUGCUCAGGCAUGUUAAUGCCUGGGUCUGCCCACGCUUGGAUGAUAUCUUGCGCGCGUGUUGCACGCGCGAUCUGUCAGUAAUGCGUCUGUUAGAAUAUUCGCCUCUUGUGUGAGUAUUUUAGUGAGUUCGGGCGUUUGCUUCAAAUCAAAAUAUAGUAUAUAUGAGCGACAGGAUUAUUUUGGAAUAUACAAUGCAAAGAAGUCGGUAUACUAUUCAGUUUUGAUGUAUUAAUGGGCUCUUUGUAUAGCAAUAUAAAGUAUUGUAUUAUUUGCGACAGCUGACCUUUGAACUGCUGAUAAAUAAAAGCUUCUUAUCGUGCGCUAUCUUGCGAUUAUUCUGUAUUAAUUGUUGACUGUUUCUUAUUUUCAAUGAAAAAUUGCUUGUGAAUUACAAAUGAAUAGCACAUAUAGUUCACUCGGUCUUUUCCACCAUGGCAUACUUCCCUUCAAGCAUUAACUAUGCUUCAAGAUAUCGGCUUGAAUGCGCAAUGAAUGUUGUUAUUGGAAAUAUAAUAUCCCUUACAAUAAGCGGCAGACUGUUUCAUUAUGGCGCGUGAAAUAUCACGCGAAAAAUGCGUUCGACUUGCAGCAGGGUAAUUUGACGAAAUUUUGCUAUUUUUGUCAGCUAAAAACAUUAACAAGGGAACAAAGUUUCCUGCGUUAAUUUGGAAACCGUACAUUUAUUUGUAGAUAACAUUUAAUGACGCGAUUAACAUUCGUUUGAUGCCGAUCAUCGUAAUAUAGCCGCAUAAAAUAAUGAAACGAAGCCUAAAUGUAAACUUUCCAAAUUUAUUCAAUAAACAGUGAUAUUAUGGGUGAAUUAUUAUCGCAAUUCUGCGUUCCCUCAGUCACGAAAUAUACUGCUGCAGAGCCUCUGAAUAAAAAGUAUAAUUUUUUGUGUUGUUUUUUGAAAUAUACAUCACGUGAUCGUUGCCAUGACAACGAAAAGUAGGUCAACUUUUAGAAUCUUCUUUGAUAAAUCAUAUAAAACUUGAAUGGUAAUAAUCAAGGCCAUACUUAUUUUUUUAUGAUUUUUUGUUUAUUUUCGCUAAAUACACAAACUGAGACCCAGGCAUUAAUGUACCUGAGUGUUAUAUUUGAUAUCGAAAUAUAACGCGACCUAUGAAAGCAUACUUGCCCAUCAUGGAAACGAACUACAACCCGAUUUAAAUUAUGAAAUACUGCGUCAAUUUGCCGAUAUUUUAAAAUCAACAGCCGAUAAACUUUCGCGUAUAGCUAAUCGGUAUAAUACGAGGGAAAAUGAUUUGUUUUUAAAGUGUUUGACAAAAGUAAUAAAUAAAAUUUAAAUUUAAGAAAUUUUUUUUUUUUUUUUUUUAGACAAAGCGUGCAAUGUGUACUAUAAUUGUAAUGAAACAUCAUAGUUUAUCGGCAAAAGAAGCAGUAUUGAUAUAUUGUAAAGAAAUGAAUGAGGAAUACCUGUUCGAUUAUUUAGAUUUAAUAAAAAAUGACGGUGAUUUACAAUUAGAUAGAAUAUAUAAGGAAUUGUUAGAUAAAAAUUUAAUUUAA